ACCGAUCAACAGUCUUUGCUGAGCCGUAGCCGCAGAAAGGUGCACCCCGGGAUCGAUUUCGUAGGCUCUUUCAUAUUCGUCUUAAACUUAAGUGCCCGGCCUUCGCGGCUUUCAGCGCUGAGAAUCGAUCGUCGAGUUUUCAAUCGCGUCGCGCAAUAGUUACGCGCUCUUCCUCUCUCUCCUACACACUCGUGCAGCCUCGUAACAACCUCGACCUGGCUCUCCUGAGAAGUCGACGUUAGCGCCCACUGUAGGCGUACAAUAUCUGCUUCGAAAAACGAGCAUUGGAGAGCAGCAUCUGGCGAAAAGUAGCUAUAACUGGAGAGCUCACCUCAUCAGAAAGGUAGAAGCAAAGUGUGAAGAAGAAACCUACGACUGCUACUGAAGGAGAACCGCAUUCGACGAGAGAGAUGAAGCUCGUUCACAUUAGCCUGGCCUUAUUGGUCGGACUUUGUAGCGCCUCCGUCUGCAGUGCAAAAGCUUCUCACAAAGUCUUCUGUUCGGAAGACCAGAUGCGAGUAAAUGUGGCCCUACCGUCCAACGACACCAGCACUACCUCCGUAUACCUAGAAGGCAUGAAAGGAUACCCCGAACCAAAGUGUAAACCCACCAUCAAGGACACACUGGCGGAGUUUGAGCUGUCUUUGUUGAACAUAUACGAAUGUGGCGUAACCCGUGUAGUCAAUAAGAUCACUGGUAAAAAAGUUUUCUACCAUCGAGUCAUUAUCGAAGGGGACCAAGAGUUUGGAAAGGAAGUCAUCAAUGUGAAGUGCAUAACUAACGGACCUCUGUACAAUAUCACUCACGGAAUCGUUAAACGAGAUGUGCUGCCUGCGGGAUUCCAAGAACCAGAGGACUUGGAAAUCACAUCCAAUAUCACCGGAAGUGCGCCUGAACCAUCCCUGGACAUUGCUGUGCGACAAGGUAAUGUGCGAGUUUCCGGCGACUUGAACGUGAGUCCAGGCACGAACCUGCAAAUGGAAAUUUUCCUCGACGACAAGUCAGCUCCAAUUUACGGCUUGGGCGUCAACUACAUGCAGGUUACUGAUACGCUCUCGCAGGAAGAAACUAUCAUCUACAACGGAUGUUCAGUCGACCCGUACCUGUUCGAGAACUUCAAUACCGUUGAUGGUGAUUUGCUAACGGCGAAAUUCCGUGCGUUCAAGUUCCCUGAAUCGACCUACGUGCAGUUCCGUGGUACCGUCAAUGUUUGUGUAGAUCGAUGCAAGGGAGUUAUCUGCAGCAAUGGACAGACUGCAUAUGGCCGCCGGCGACGAGAGAUUAGCCAGAGCGCUACCGAUCCUAACAAAGUGUACGAAGUGACGAUGACCACGUUCAUUAAAGUCAACUAUGAUGAAAAUGCCGACAAGAGUACCGCCUCCGAAAUCGACCAGAAGUUUCGUCAACUGAAACUGGCGAACCAAAAGUUGGCCCGAAAUAGCCGCGCAGGAAACGUUUUCGAGAGCAUUCACGUUUCCAAAAUGGCAGAAACCAGUCCUAGCGAGAAUGCCAAGGUCGAGGAAACCAUUCUUUUCACUCGUGAAGUUAUCAGCCAGCCGCAGGAAACUGGAAGGAGCAGUAGCUGCCGGCAUCUUCCUGCUAGUAUGAUCGUCACUAUUUUCAUGACCGUGGGACUUAUGUUGCGCAAAAGCUUCGCCUAAAACCCGAUUUCUUACUAGUGAUCUCAGUGAACAAACAUAACGUACACUCUAAUAACUAACGGAUAACGAACGCCUUACUCGAAUUGAUAACGCUGUAUCGGAAAGAUUAACAACUGUGCUAGAUUUCUAACGAUAAGCUCGAGCCAGUAAGGGAUCAUAAGCAAUGCACGCUUUUGCUUGCAGUGAAGUUUUUGAAAAGCUCAAUACGGAUUUAUCAAAUCCAAUAAUAACAUUUUCAUUUUUAUCUGUAUGGAGUUAUCAUGGAAUUUCACACGAAACCCUUAAAUUUUCUGCAUUUGUCGAAUUUUCAUACAUGUUUUGUGUGAUGUAUUUUUUGAGUACAUAAAAGAGUUAACUCAUCGUAACAUAAGGUAACAUCAACGAACAAAAUCGUGAAGUUUUCUUUAUUUUUGAAGCAAUGAAUUUUUUUUUUUGGUUUUCCGUAAUAUUUGUUCAUAUCUACAAAAAAAACUUCUACUUAAUUUUGCGAUAAAAAAAAAACAAAGUAACCGAAAUAUCGAGUUGGUUUACUCUUCCUAUUCACCGAAAAUUGAUGAUUAUGUAACUCGAUGCCAAGCAAAUGCAGGAAAAGCUCGAAAAUGAACAGCCUUAUUGAAAUGUGAUUGAAAAAUUCAACUUGGUUUGCAAGAACUUGUACAUACACAACGCAACUUAAUAGACUAUAAGGAUAUGCUUACCACAAGAAAAAACGAAUUAAAAAACCUUUACGUUUUAAAUAAGCUUACGAUAACGAAAACAACUGCCCAACAAAUUUUAUGCGACUACAUUUUAACAAAGUUUUAACGUAAGGAUUUUUACAGCAUCGACAUCAAAAAUUGUGAUUGAUCAAAUUCAAUAUUGUACAUUUAUAUUUCGUCUCCAUUGGUUGGCAAUUUGCAGAUAUUGUGAAAAGAAUGAAGUGGAACAAAUUCAUCCACUAAAUUCUUGCAAACAGAUAUAAGCAAUGUAAGGUAUACUAGUCUAAUAACAUUAAAAAUAUGGAUUCGAAUGAUUCGCAAUGUAAAAUUCAAUAAAAACUAAUUUCUAAGGUAAUAGAUUUAACUAAGCAAUACUAUGGUCAAUCAACGACGUCCAUCGAUAAGCGGGCCGCGUGAGAAGCUUGGGAAAGUGCAGAACACGUUUCCUACUAUGAUUUCGUUACUUUUGGGUGUCAUGCUUCUCAACUAGACCUACAAAACUAAUUAUUAAACUGUAAACCAUCCACUAUCCGAGUAUAACGACCUAGAGCUAAUAAUAGCAUAAACAUACAUUGUGAUUUCUACAUUAUAUACACUUGAUUUUAUCGACAUCAUUUGGACAACUUUUACAUGAAUUGGAACAACCACACAUUGAGCACAAACGAUUUUCAACAAGAUAACAGUAUUCGAAAAAAAAAAAAGGAAAAAACAAAACUGUUUUUCUUAUAUGUGUUGCAAUUUAGAGAUUUACAGCAUACCUAUUGAAUCACCAACGUUUGGAGUGUUAAAACUUUUUAGAGGCAUAUUAGCAGCUAGAUUUCUUCUGCAAAGUUUAAAGGUACAUUUAAAACAGUACUUUAGCGUUGGUUGUGCUAAAAUAUGCGUGAAUAUCAAAAUGCGUAUUAGUAAAAUACAAAAAAACACUGCAAUAUAGAAAUCAUAUGUGUGUAAUAAGUAUAACAUAACUCUAGCAUCGUUUAAUAUCUUCCGCAUUCGGCCCUCUUAUUGAACGGAUAUGCAUACAUAGUGAUAAAAACUAAUGUAAAUUAACGAAAUUUAGAGCAAUAAAAAACUAACGAUAA